AUGCCGACUUCCGAGACCCGAGAAAACGAGAGCGGCGCGCGCCCGAGGACCGCCCGCCAGGCGCGUCACGGCACCCGCCCCCCCCCCCACGGGGCCUCGGGCCCGCGCAGGCGCACGGCGCCGGGUCAGGUGAUCCGGUCCCCGUGGAAACCGGAUGGCGGGGGGUGGGGCGGGGCCAUGGAAACGGGGGCGGAGCGUGGGGGGCUCUCUUCUGGGGUUCCAAGGGUCACAAACGUCUGGCCGCCCGCACCGCCCACCGUCGGGGGCGCCAGACUGCCCAGCGAGGAUGCCCAGUCUGCCCUCUGCGGUCCCGUCGCCUUAUGCUCAAGGAGACCUCGGGACCCGCUCACUGCGUGCGUUCCCCCGCCUGCGGUCACCUGGUUGGCUUCUAAUACAAAGAGUAGGGGAGAAGGAAUGAACACUCUGGUUGGCGCGAUCACUGCCUCCAUCAUUCUCUAUGCCAAGGUGGACCUCUCUGUGCCAGCACCCCUAACUCACUCAGAGCACUGGGCAGAAAUCACAUCACGUCAACACAUGCCAUGGGCCCUCAUGAUGCUUUAACAGUUGAAUGCCCCUGGUCCCCACCAGUUCUAAGUCAAGGUCCACAAGCCUGCCUUUACCUUGAGCACAUGGAGUUCUCUCUGUGUACAGCACAGCAUAGCAGUGACUACCUUGGGCUUGGAGCCAGAGCCUCGCAAUAUGAAGCCAUCUGUACCAGGAGGUAAAAGAGCCAGCCUUGUAGUGCUACCAUGUGGGUGAAGUGAGGAAAUUUGUGAAGAUCUGAGCACCUAACUGAUGAAUUGGCCCAACGUUUUCUUAUAAUAAAAAUGAU